AUGAAGACUACAUUCGCCGUUGCAGCAUUCGCGGCUCUCGCUGCUGCCAGCCCCGUUUCUCAAACUGGCUCCUUCUUGAAGAAGAUCCGGCAAACCGCCCCAGCGAUCACUGACGCCGACAUCCUCAACUAUGCUCUUACCCUCGAGCAUCUCGAAGACACUUUCUACCAAGAGGGUCUCAAGAACUUCACCGAAUCCGACUUCGCAACGGCCGGCUUCGACUCGACUUUCUACGCCAACCUAAAGGAAGUCUCAUCAGACGAAAUGACCCACGUUGCCUUCUUGACCGCUGCUCUCGAAAAGGCUGGCGCAACCCCAGUGGCUGCCUGCACGUACAACUUUGGCGUCACUGAUGUCAAAAGCUUCAUCGCGACUGCAUCCAUCCUUGAGGGCGUGGGUGUCAGCGCCUACCUCGGUGCUGCAGCAGAUAUCAUGAGUGCAGCCUACUUGACCGCAGCUGGCUCCAUCUUGACCGUGGAGUCCCGUCAUUCUUCUUACAUCCGUGCUUCGCUCGGAGAGAGCCCGUUCCCAUCUCCAUUCGAUGUGCCCUUGACUCUGGAUGAGGUGUACACGCUUGCUGCUCCGUUCAUCGUGUCUUGCCCAUCAAGCAACCCAACUCUGCCAGUCAAGGCUUUCCCAAUGCUUACUUCCUCGCCCAAGAAUGGCAACAUCACCGCUGGCUCCGAGAUCACCCUCUUGACCCCUGGCUCCGUUGUCACCGCUGCCGACGGAUCCUCGCAAAUCUAUGGUGCUUUUAUCACAGUUACUGGCCCAGUCUUUGCUCCCGCAACCGCCGUCGAUGGAGGUUUCACCCUCACCGUCCCGACCGCACCGAACGGCACCGCACCCAUAUCUGGCCAGACUUACGUUGUCCUGACCGGCUGCAAUACCACCGUCACUGAUGACACCGUCGCUGCCGGUCCUGCUGCCUUUGAGGUUGGUCCUUUGUAA